UUUUGUUUUGUAUUAAGACCCUAAGAUGGCGGCGGGGGAGCGGCACUGAAGGUUGCUGCCGCCGCCGCCGCCCGAGGCCGGGGUCUCCGUUGGGCGGUCCCCGUCCCUCUCUCGCGCCCCUGCCCCGGGCCCGGCGGAGCAGCCGCCCCAUGGCCAGGGGGGGCCCGGGCCGCUCGCCGUGGCCAUGGACCUGCGCACGGCCGUCUACAACGCGGCCCGCGACGGGAAGCUGAAGCUGCUGCAGAAGGUGCUGGGCAGCCGGAGCCGGGAGGAGCUGGAGGCCCUGACGGCCGGGCCGGGCGGAGGGGGGACCCCGCUGCUGAUCGCCGCCCGCCACGGGCACCGGGAGGUGGUGGAGUACCUGCUGGACCACUGCGGCGCCCGGGUGGAGGAGGGGGGCUCGGUCAGCUUCGACGGCGAGACCAUCGAGGGGGCCCCGCCGCUGUGGGCCGCCUCGGCCGCCGGCCACCUGGCGGUGGUGCGCUGCCUGCUGGAGCGGGGGGCCUCGGUGAACCAGACCACGCUGACCAACUCCACCCCGCUGCGGGCCGCCUGCUUCGACGGGCACCUGGAGAUCGUGCGCUACCUGGUGGGGGAGCGGGGGGCCGACCUGGAGGUGGCCAACCGCCACGGGCACACCUGCCUGAUGAUCUCCUGCUACAAGGGGCACCGCGAGAUCGCCGGCUACCUGCUGGAGAAGGGGGCGGACGUCAACCGCCGCAGCGUGAAGGGCAACACCGCCCUGCACGACUGCGCCGAGUCCGGGAGCCUGGAGAUCCUGCAGCUGCUGCUCCGCGCCAAGGCCCGCAUGGAGCGGGAUGGUUACGGCAUGACCCCGCUGCUGGCUGCCAGCGUCACCGGGCACACCAACAUCGUGGAGUACCUCAUCCAAGGAGGGCUGCAAAACGAGGAGGGGGGUGAGAUGUUGGGGAAUGAGGACGGGGUCUGCGCCGCAAGGGGGCGGCAGGAGAGGGGUUGUGGUAGUGGCCAGGAAACGCAUCAGUGCUGCCCCGAGGAAGGGCAGCAAGAGGGCCAGAAGGGAUGCUGUGCCACUAGCCAGGAUGAGCAGCAGGGCCCUUAUGAGUGCUGCAGUCGAGGGGCUGCUGUAGAAGCCCUGGAGCUGCUAGGAGCCACCUUUGUGGAUAAGAAGCGUGACCUGCUGGGGGCUCUCAAGUACUGGCGAAGAGCCAUGGAGCUUCGGCACCAGGGGGGGCAGUACCUGAGCAAGCCUGAGCCCCGGCAGCUGGUGCUGGCUUAUGACUACUCUCGGGAGGUGAGCACCCUGGAGGAACUAGAAGCCCUGAUCACUGACCCGGAUGAGAUGCGCAUGCAGGCACUUCUGAUCCGAGAGCGCAUCCUGGGCCCUUCUCAUCCAGACACCUCGUAUUACAUCCGUUACCGGGGGGCAGUCUAUGCUGACUCGGGCAACUUUGAACGCUGUAUUAACCUGUGGAAGUAUGCCCUGGACAUGCAGCAAGGCAAUCUGGAGCCCCUCAGCCCCAUGACUGCCAGCAGCUUCCUUUCUUUUGCUGAGCUCUUCUCCUAUGUGCUUCAGGACCGCUCCAAGGGCACCUUAGCUACUCAGCUGGGCUUCUCCGACCUCAUGGGAGUGCUGAGCAAAGGGGUCCGGGAGGUAGAGCGGGCGCUUCUGCUUCACAAGGACCCGGUGGCUGACUCUGCACAGUUCACCAAGGCACUAGCCAUCAUCCUCCAUCUGGUCUUCCUGCUGGAGAAGGUGGAAUGCACCCCUGAGCAGGAGCACCAGAAGCGCCAGACCAUCUACUGCUUGCUCAAGUGCAGUCCCAGGGCCAAGAACGGGUUCACUCCCUUGCACAUGGCUGUGGACAAGGACACCACCACAGUGGGGCGCUACCCGGUGGGCAAGUUCCCAUCGCUCCAUGUUGUGAACCUGCUGCUGGAGUGUGGGGCUGACCCAGACAGCCGUGACUAUGACAACAACACCCCGCUGCACAUUGCUGCCCAGAACAACUGCCCGCUGAUCAUGAGUGCCCUGAUGGAGGCCGGGGCCCACAUGGACGCCACCAACGCCUUCAAGCAGACAGCUUACGAGCUGCUGGAUGAGAAGCUGCUUACCAAGAGCAUGAUGCAGCCCUUUAACUACAUUACCCUCCAGUGCCUUGCUGCCCGUGCCCUGGACAAGCACAAGAUCCCUUACAAGGGCUUCAUCCCUGAGGAGCUGGAGGCCUUCAUUGAACUUCAUUAGGGUGGGAGGACUGAAGUCAGCAGCCUUUCCCACAGACCCGCUCAUCAUCCCUAAGAGGGAGGGAAAUCCAAGGUCUGGGGGCAGAUCCUUUCCCUGGGUGCUGGAAGCCUUCGUUGCAUUGAGACAGGCUGUAGCUAUUGUCCUUUCCCAUCACUGAGCUUAUCCUACAGGGGAAGGAAACUCAAGAGCUUGUCGCUGUGGCUGUCUUGCUUCCUCUUCAUCCCCAGGUGCCUGAAGCCUUCACUGAACCGAACCAAGAGGAGGCUGCAGCUGCUGCCUUUCCCCUUCGCUAACCAUCUCAUCUUCAAGGGAGAAGGCAAUUGGGAGAUUUUGCAGGAGAUUCCCCUGUAUCCUUCCACCUGUCCCCUUCCCAUAAGUGCUGAAUUAAUUCGGUCGUUAUGCUUUAGGGUUGCUACAAAUUUGCAUAUGUGCACCCCACCCCAAAGGACUGAACCAAUAGUAAUGCAAGCAAAGGAAUAAAAUAUCCACAUCUUCAAUUUAAUCUAGUCCCUUUUUCCUUCCCACAUUUGGCACAUAAGCCUAAAAGCUGGGUGGCUAGUGCCCAGCAGGGCUAGUUGCCAUUUGCACAACUUUCCAGCUGGAUGUGGUGAUUACCCCCCCCCCAACCCCCAAGAAAAAUAGCCAUGUAACAAGUGGUGCAAAAUUGUGAGAUUUUUGAUGGCUGUUUGCAAAGCUGGGUUUUCUUUUUCCCUGCCAGAGCCAGGCCCUGGUUGCUCUGCAAGGUUUCUCCAAUCCUGUACUUCCAUUUCAAGGCCAACCUUAGUAACAUGGUUUUGUCAGCAAACACUGGCUUAUAUGAAGGAGGGGACUUCUGAUUUUUUUUUUUUUUAAGUCAAUAUGGCUUUGUGGCUGGCAAGAGCCUCGAUCUUACCAGUUUUGCAGGGGCCAGCCCCUGUGCCUACGUAAACUUAGCUCUUCAUGGACUCAGUGAGGGUUGGCCCAUCUAGAAUGGUCUGCAGGCCAAAACCAUGUUACUUGAGCUGGUGCUUGAGAUCCCCUCUUUCAAGCCAUUCCAGGAUCAGAGAAUGUUUGCAGGGUGGACAGAGCUUGGAGGUUUCUUUAAAGCAGGUGAGCAUUUGUUGCAGUGUGGGGUGACCCAGGGUUGGAGGAAAGAGCAGGCAAGGAAUGUUAAUGAAGGAUAAUUUUUUUUAUUUUUAAAGUUGAAUGGCACUGAUCUACUGGGCUUUGAAGUGUCCUGUUCUGCGAACCUCCUUUGAAAGGGCCACUGACUCUUGCUGUUCUUGGCUUUUGGUUCUUUCUGCAGCUAUACUAAGUAUGGUGCUAGUUUAAAGUUUGAAAUAAAAAUCUGACUUCAUCUGGCUACUCCUGGGGUGAGCUGGUUUUGUUUAAUUAGGACCUGGACAGAAGUUUGUUACCCAUUGCCUCAGGGCACAUAUUUGUCCACCUCAGCAGAACCCUGCUUUGUGUUGAGCAAUUGGUGCUGGCAAACAUGAUGCAGUCCCUGCAUUUUAUUUUGUCUCAGCAGGAAUGACUGCUUUGGCAGUCGGAGUGAAAUGCAUAGCUGCGGGUGAAACAACUGCCCCUCUGAGCUUUCAGGAGAGCAGAACUCUUGAUAAAUGCCCAUGCACUGUGAUCUAACGAAGCUGCUCGACUAGUAUUUACAGGCCAGCUGAACCAUAAACCUCAAUAAUCCAGAGUUCUCUGCCCGUAGCACCAAGGGGCUCCAACUGAGGUCCAGACCACAUGGCGCUGGGUGCUGUACAAACAUAUGGUGUGGAAUUGAGACCCACCCCAGGAGAUGAAAGCCCAGAGCCUCCAGGAUAUUUAGCCUCCUAACCCCCAUCAGUGGGAGGUAGGAGUUGAACAUUAGAGGAUCUGGGCCAGAGUGACUUUCCCAAGGUCCCAGAGGUGGCCUGUGACGGAGACAGGAAUUGAACCCAGUUCUCCCGAGUCCCCUCCCAGCGUCUUAACCACAAAAACACCCCUCCCCUCUGAAUAGCUUGCUUCCAAAGAUGCUAAGCACCCCCCAGUUCUCAUUGACUUUGGAGCUGGGGGUGGUGUGGAGCUCCUCUGAAAAUCCAGCCUUGGGAGCAAAAAAACUGAUGGGGGGAAGGUGGGAGUCAGGAUCUGCUUGUGCAACUGACAGUUCUGCUUGGCCCAAAAGUCCCUCUUGGAGGAGGUGGAAGCUGCAGCAAAGUAUCAAGCGUUUUGAAAUAUUUUACAUCACAGCCAGGAACUUCCUUUCUGCUGAGCAUUUCCCCUAAAUACCGAAUAUAUGUUUCUCUGGCUGUGACUCAGCCCGGCAGCUCUUCCUGGGGGAAGCUAAUGGAGCUGAGUGGCCCCGUAUUGAGACUCUGCCACAGCCACUUCUCAUUUUGCUCUCCUGCUUGCGUCCAGAGAUGUGACACGGCGAACGUUGGGCACGUCAGCUCCUUGGAAGGCUCUUGCUAUUUCACACCCAAAAAAAGGCUCGAUGACGGUGCACAUAACUCGCAUGAAGCAGCAGCUCUGGUAACGAUGGAGACAAGAGAGCCAUAGAAACUCCACCCAGGCACCACCCCGGUGCUGUUUUUUUUAUGAACUUUGCUUGUGAUCAUGGUCCACCUGCCUGCCCCAGGCAGCAAUUAGAUCUUACAGUGUCAGACAUUGAUAAAUCCAUUCUGGUUGUUCCAAACAGGCCUCACGCAGUACUGGCACUAUUUUCUCAAUAGCCAGCAGGUAGCUUUGGAAGCAUGGACGAUGGGCAAAGCAGGGUUUUCUGACUGUGUGAGAAUGUUACUCGGCAGAACUGUGCAUAGGGAGAACCAGAGCUGCUGGCUUCAGACACUGCUUACUGCUCUCCACCCUGAGGCUCUGGCGGAAUGAGCUGGAGUCUCUUCAGACUCAUGCAUCAUCUGCAAAAUUGUUGGCCGAGUUCUAGUGGCAGGGUCACCUGUUCAACCCCACUCUCUUCAAAUGACACACACACAACUUCAUGGCGUAGCAGACCUCGGCCAGCAGAAGCCAGUCAUGGUGAUAAGACAUGAGCCAGACAGAAACCAGCUCAACUCUGCUGCAUGACAGCUGUAGUAUGGAAGAUGCAAAUCCCAGACAUGCAAAGUUAGUGAAAGAAAUCAGGAACCUGUUGUACAUUUCAGAAGUCGGGGGACUUUGAUUUGGAGCAGCAGUAAAAAAAAAAAAAUGAAUUUUGAAAGUC